AUGUCACAGUCGCCAUCUUCGGCUGGCGCGAUGGGUAUUGGGAGCGUGCUGAACAUUAAAGCCGAAUCAGGGACCCAACAAUCCCAACAAGGCACGCCAUCCGAUCUGCAGCAACCGCAACAGCACCAGCAGCACCAGCAGCAGCAACACCAGCAACACCAGCAACAACAACUGCAGCGCGCGCCCCAGCAACUCCAGCCGCUUCAGAUGGAUCGCCCAAACUCGCCUCACGGGUCAGAGCAAUCAAGGUACUCGGGUCCAAUGAACGCGUCCUACCCUUCGCCCACAGCUAUGGCUGCCCCCCUGCCUCCUAUGCCUGGUGGAAAUAUGGCACCUCAGAUGGUUCCGCAUGAGCUCCAGCAGAAUCUUGGGUUGUCCCAGACGGCUUAUCAGCCCUCCCCGGUUACUACCCAGCCGCCCACAAAGCAGUUUCCCUGCAGCACGUGUGGGAAGCCUUUUGCGAGGCGGAGCGAUCUUGCUCGCCAUGAGCGUAUUCACAGCGGUAUCCGGCCACACGUCUGCGACUACCCAGGCUGUGGCAAGCAGUUCAUUCAGCGGUCUGCUUUGACCGUUCACUCUCGUGUGCACACGGGUGAAAAGCCCCACCAGUGCGAGCGUUGUGGAAAGCCUUUUAGCGACAGCAGUUCUUUAGCUCGCCACCGUCGUAUCCAUUCUGGCAAGCGGCCUUACAAGUGUCCAUAUGCCGACUGCCAGAAGACGUUUACCCGUCGCACGACCUUAACUCGGCACCAGAAUCACCAUGUUGGCACUGUUGAGGACUCGGCUAGGGCCCGAGCUGAAGCUUUGGCGCAGGGUGCUACUGUUGCCGCCGCCGCGGCUGCUAGGAGCAAAUCGCGGUCCGGCAGUGAGCAGGCAUCUAACCAUGAGUCUCCUUUGACAAGCGCCACAUCGCCAGGGCAGCGGCCCAUCUCCAUGUCUCCCGGCGCAGAGCUAGCUGGGAUGAAUAACAUGCAGUAUCUCAGCAACUCGAUCCCUGCGCAUCUUCGUGGGGACGUUCACGUCGGGAGCCCCUCUCCAACCACCCCCACGGCGUAUAACAACGGCAUGCGCCCUACAUCCCACCCGAACGCAUAUGGCCCUCCCCAGACUCUUGAGCCGAGCAUUGAACAACCGCAACAAGGCACCGGCAGUGCCGCUGGCAGCCCCCAUAUCGCUAGUGUCGGUUGGGCUUCCCCCGGUCCUGUCGGCUCCCCCGCCCAGAGCCCGAACGGCAACGGCUAUGUCUACCCCGAUCCCGAGUCUUACCCCAGCGGCACCCCAAUCGCCCAGAUGUUCUAUAACAGCGCUGUGGCCGCUCGCCGCCCGGAGAGUGCGGAACCUGGAAACCCAUCGUUCGACACGAAGGGCCGGCAGGGAGAGCUCUGGACGAACGCUCAGUAG